UCUCUUGCCUAAAAAAGAAAAACCAGCGAGAGAUAAGAUACGACGCCGUUAGAACACGAUCAUGUUGGAUCUCAACCUUGGAACCUUCUCUUACUAUCAAGAAGAUCAUGAUCGUAGAGUACCACUAAUCUCAACUGCCGGUGAAGAAGAAUCUAACCUCUCCUUAUAUUCAUCAUCAUCCACAGAUUCUGCCACCGACAAACCUUUCAUCACCUUCGGGAUUCUCAAACGUGACGGAGAUGUUGUUCCUCUCAAGGAAGCAGAAGGUCUUUUCCCUGUGGCUGAUGCUCGCCGGAAUAUUGAAUUCUCCGGAGACGACAGACACUGGUUGAAUCUGUCGUCGUUACAUAGGAGUAAUCAGCAAAUGGUGAAGAAGGGCAGAAGAGGACCAAGGUCACGAAGUUCUCACUAUCGUGGCGUCACUUUUUACCGUCGCACCGGUCGUUGGGAAUCUCAUAUUUGGGAUUGUGGAAAGCAAGUUUACUUGGGCGGGUUUGAUACUGCCUACGCAGCAGCAAGGGCGUACGACCGAGCUGCUAUCAAAUUCCGUGGUCACGAUGCAGAUAUCAACUUCGUCGUGGAUGAUUACAGACAAGACAUGGACAAGAUGAAGAAUUUAGAUAAAGUGGAGUUCGUGCAAACACUUAGGCGAGAGAGUGCGAGUUUCGGAAGAGGGAGUUCCAAAUACAAAGGCUUAACUCUUCAGAAAUGCACACAAUUCAAAAACCAUCAUGAUCAGAUUCAUCUAUUCCAAAACAGGGGAUGGGAUGCAGCAGCAAUCAAAUACAAUGAGCUGGGAAAGGGAGUCAUGAAGUUUGGUUCCCAUAUUAAAGGAAAUGCUCACAGCGACCUUGAACUAAGUCUUGGUAUUUCAUCGUCAUCGGGAAAUACAAAGUUGACAACAUGCAAGUGAUUACUAUAAGCAAUCAUCGAUCUAUUUACCUGUGAUGACAACCAUGAACACUUUGAAGACAGUUGCAUCAUCAUCAGGAUUCCCUUUUAUCACCAUGACCACUUCCUCUUCCUCCAUUUCCACUUGUUUUGGUCCAUAAGGAUCGAUUUACACCCUUUAUUUUAACUUAUAUAUAUUUA